AUGCAUCUGACGGUGCUUGUUUUUGCAUUGGUGCUCUCUGCAACCACCUUUGCCCUUGACAACGGGCUGAUGAGGACCCCUCCCAUGGGUUGGUUGGCAUGGGAACGGUACCGCUGUGACAUUGACUGUGAACAUGACCCAAAGAACUGCAUCAGUGAAAAUCUGUUUAUCGACAUGGCAGACAGGCUCUCAGAGGAUGGCUGGCGGGAGCUCGGCUACGUUUAUAUUAACAUAGAUGACUGCUGGGCCUCCAUGGAUAGAGACAAGCAGGGGAGGCUCCAACCUGAUCCUAAGAGAUUCCCAGGAGGAAUCCGAAAGCUAGCACGCUACAUGCAUGACAGGGGUCUCAAGCUGGGCAUCUAUGGAGACAUGGGAACACAUACCUGUGGGGGCUACCCUGGCACCACACUUGACAAGAUUGAGAUAGAUGCUCAGACCUUUGCUGACUGGGAGGUGGAUAUGUUGAAAUUUGAUGGCUGUUAUUCUAACGCCACAGAGCAAGAGCAAGGAUACCCUCAAAUGUCUAAGGCUUUAAAUGCUACGGGCCGUCCCAUUGGCUACUCCUGCAGCUGGCCCGCCUACCAGGGCGGCCUGCCACCUAAGGUCAAUUACACUCAGUUGGGGGAGAUCUGCAACCUGUGGCGUAACUAUGGUGACAUCCAGGACUCUUGGGACAGCAUACUGAACAUUGCCGAUUGGUUCUUUGAAAACCAGGAUGUCCUGGCGCCUGCAGCUGGACCUGGAAAAUGGAAUGACCCAGAUAUGCUGGUUAUUGGUGACUUUGGCCUCAGCAUGGACCAGUCUCGUUCUCAGAUGGCUCUGUGGGCGAUUAUGGCUGCUCCUCUUUUCAUGUCCAAUGACCUGCGCACCAUCAGCAGCGGGGCCCGCAGUAUCCUCCAAAACAAGAUGGCCAUCAGCAUCAACCAGGACCCCAUGGGUAUUCAGGGAAGACGUAUCAUAAAGGAGAAGAGCGGCAUUGAGGUGUUUUUGCGUCCCCUGUCAAGCAAUGCCAGUGCCUUAGUUUUCUUCAGUCGUCGCACUGACAUGCCCUACCGCUACCAAACUUCCCUCAAAAAACUAAACUACACCACCGGCAGCUACAAGAUCUUUGACAUCUUCACAGAGAAGCCCAUGAUGCUGAAAGACUCCACUGACUUUGUGGUGUCAGUGAACCCUACAGGGGUGGUCAUGUGGUAUGUCUCUGCACCCGCCAAACUGAGCGUCCGCCAGUUCUAUAAAGGUGGCAGACUCCAGGGAUCUGUCUACGAUGACCAUGAAAACGCCAUCCCUCCCGUCUUCCUUUGAUGGGCUCCAUGAUUGAACUUUAUCAUCUAAUAACCACGAUUUAGCAGUGCUAACCAAGAGCCUUGAUGAAGUGUUAACUGACCUCACACAUACAUUGUCAGGUGUUCAAAGGACUUACUGCCAAGGGGUGGCGCUAAAUAUGGUUCUAUUAAGUGAAUGGCAGUAUCCAUUGCAAGAAACAAAUCAAUGUGAGCUCAGGGACAGACGUUUGCAUCUCUCAGAUUCUGUAAAAUUAAUGGUGAUCAAUCGAAUGGCUCCGAAACUUUUAAUAACUUUAAAUAUCAGAGUGAGAAAAGUGAUGAUUUGUGCCCAUGUAAAGUGGUUUUGUACUGACCUGCUGAAUGGUUUUAUGAUUGCCAAAGUUGAAAACUUUAUUAUUCAAACUUGCAUUCCCUCUGAUAAGGAAGCAGGAUAAUCUGUUCUUGAAAAAUGUACAAAUGAAAAAGGAUGGUUACUGCCAUGUUUGAAUGAAUAAGGUUUACAUUUGGGUUUUUGAUCUAUUUGACAGUUCUUUUAGAUUGUUAUGACAAUUUUGUGAAUUAUUGGUUAUUUCUUAAAUAAAUUAAACGAUGCAUUUCUAACUUUCAUGUAAUGACUAUUUUUUUUUGGUUUAUUUGAAAUUCUUUAGAUAUACAUGGACCAUCUUGCUCUAGAAUUUGCUUAUCAGACUAAAAAUACUUCCAUGAAAUUUCUUUUUUUCCAUUGAGACUUCUUUUUAAAAUCAAUGU